UUUGGAAAUGCUGGACAAAGUAGAGCCUCCUACGAUUCCUGAAGGCUAUGCCAUGUCGGUGGCGUUUCACUGUUUAAUGGAUCUUGUUCGUGGUAUCACUACCAUGAUUGAAGGAGAGCUGGGAGAGGCAGAAACAGUCAGUCAAACCACGACAGAGACAACUUCAUUCCCAGCACAGUCUUCAGACCAGCAAGACUUGCAGUCUGUAUCUGACCAAUCAGAGAAAGAACUAGUUAGCAGAGCUGUCUGGGAAGAAAUGGUGAACGCUUGUUGGUGUGGUCUCCUGGCUGCUUUAUCCCUCCUACUUGAUGCAAGCACUGAUGAAGCUGCCACUGAAAAUAUUCUAAAAGCAGAAUUGACCAUGGCUGCACUUUGUGGAAGACUGGGUCUUGUAACAUCAAGAGAUGCCUUUAUCACUGCCAUUUGCAAAGGAUCCUUGCCUCCUCACUAUGCCCUUACUGUGUUAAACAGCACAACUGCAGCUCUGUCCAGCAAAUCAUAUUCCAUCCAGGGACAGAAUGUUCAAAUGAUCAGUCCCUCAAGUGAGUCUCAUCAGCAAGUUGUAGCAGUAGGGCAACCCUUAGCUCUUCAGCCACAGGGAACAGUAAUGCUGACUUCAAAAAAUAUCCAGUGUAUGAGGACAUUACUCAACUUAGCUCACUGCCAUGGAGCUGUUCUCGGUACGUCGUGGCAACUUGUCCUGGCCACUCUUCAGCAUCUUGUGUGGAUUCUGGGACUGAAGCCUGGUGUUGGGGGUGCAUUAAAACCCGGAAGAGCUGUAGAAGGGCCCAGCACAGUUCUGACUACAGCAGUUAUGACUGACCUGCCGGUUAUAUCCAACAUACUUUCAAGGCUUUUUGAAAGCUCACAGUACCUUGACGAUGUGUCUUUACAUCACUUAAUAAAUGCCCUUUGCUCAUUGUCUCUGGAAGCCAUGGAUAUGGCCUAUGGAAACAAUAAGGAACCAUCGCUUUUUGCUGUUGCUAAAUUACUGGAAACAGGGCUAGUUAACAUGCACAGGAUUGAGAUUCUUUGGAGACCUCUGACCGGUCAUCUUCUGGAGAAGGUCUGUCAGCAUCCAAACUCCAGAAUGAGAGAAUGGGGAGCAGAAGCUUUAACUUCUCUCAUUAAAGCAGGACUGACGUUUAGUCAUGAUCCUCCACUAUCUCAAAAUCAGAGACUGCAGUUGCUUUUAUUGACUCCACUAAAGGAACUGUCAAACAUUAGUCAUCCCGAUAUCAGGAUCAAGCAGUUGGAGUGUGUGCUACAGAUUUUGCAAAGUCAGGGUGACAGCUUAGGACCUGGUUGGCCAUUGGUGCUUGGAGUCAUGGGAGCAAUCCGAAGUGAUCAGGGAGAGUCCUUAAUACGGACUGCAUUCCAGUGUCUUCAGUUGGUUGUGACAGACUUUCUUCCAACAAUGCCAUGUACUUGUCUACAGAUAGUUGUUGAAGUUGCAGGAAGCUUUGGACUGCACAAUCAAGAGCUAAAUAUUAGCUUAACUUCAAUUGGUUUGUUG